AUGUCCUCACAAGGUUUACACUCCCUUACUACUAUAAUCAAACGCCUUGAAGCUGCGACUUCAAGGAUAGAAGAUUUGGCUGCCUCAGGUUGGCCAACAAGUAAACCAGAAACGUCUGAGGCUACACAUAAUUCCAGCUCUUAUGCUGCUGCUGCCUCUUCUCCCCCUGUGCAGGCAUCUUCCCCCGCUGCACCAGCUUCGGCAUCAACAAUGCGAGAAACUCCCAAAAGCGUCGUAGUGUUUGAUGAAGUGGUCAUCGAUGGCAAGGUCAAGCCAUUCGUAGAGUUAACGAAGUCGUUCGCUGGAGCAUCGGUUGUGGAAAUUGUUGGUCUGGUCGAGAAACAGUUCAAAGAGCUUCGUGAAUUGAUCAAUACUGCUGCUUCAUGCGUGAAGCCAGAUGAUCCGACAUUCCAGUCACUUCUCACACCAUUUCACUCCACCAUCGAAGCAAUCAACCGUUUGAAAGAGGCGAAUCGAAAGGACCGGGAUUGGUUCACGCAUCUGAUGGUGAUCAGUGAAGCGUCGUCCUUCGUUGCCUGGGUUCUCAACUCAAAACCUGGUCCACACAUUGCUGAAACAAAAGAUCAAGCCUUAUACUACGGGAAUAGAGUAAUAAAGGAGUUCAAAGAGAAGGAUCCAAGGCAUGCUGAAUGGGUUCGCUCAUUUGCUGCUGCAUUAGAAGAGACCCGCAAGUACGUCCUGGAGUACCAUACCACUGGACUUUCAUGGAACUCCAAAGGCAUACCUGUUGGGCAAUAUGCUGCUAGUAAGUCUGCAAACAUCUCUGGUGCCACGUCAGGUGGUCCACCUCCACCACCUCCGCCUCCGCCACCUCCUGCAGCACCUCCUGUUACAGCAGCUCCAGCUACUACCCCUGCUGGUGGAACGGCUGCUGUUUUUGCUGAAAUAAAUCGCGGAGCUGACGUCACCAGAGGAUUGCGCAAAGUUGAUAAGAGCGAAAUGACCCACAAGAAUCCUAAUUUGCGCGCUAGUAGUGUUGUCCCCAGUGGUUCUGGCUCUCCCCCCAAAAAGCCCGUCAAACCGACCAAACCUCAUGCAUUGAUGGGUAAAAAGCCUCCUAAGUUCGCCUUGGAAGGAAAAGCGUGGAAUAUCGAAUAUCAAGAGGACGAGAAAAGCCUGGUUGUUGAUGGAGUUGAGCUCAACCAAGUUGUCAAUCUGUUCGGCUGUAAGAACAGUGUCAUUCAAAUCAAGGGCAAACUGAAUGCGGUUACUUUGGUGAAUUGCAUUAAGACGCAGGUGCUCGUCGACUCUGUAGUCUCUUCCAUCUCCGUCACAAAAUCCCCGUCUUUUGCCAUUCAAAUUACAGGCUCUGCUCCAAUGAUUCAAAUUGACUCAUGCGAUACAGGAAUGAUUUAUUUGUCUCAGGCAAGCUUGCAUGCCGAAAUCACGACCGCGAAAUGUAGUUCCAUUAAUGUCAACAUCCCUGUUGAGGGUGAAGAGGAAGGAGUUUUUGAGGAGCAGGCUCUUCCGGAGAUGUUACGGACAUGCGUAAAGGACGGAAAACUGGUGACCACCGUAGUUGAGCAUGUAGGUUAA